AUGUAUGGCCGCUGCGGCCGCCUAGACGACGCGCGCCGCGCCUUCGCCGCCAUCCCAAUCCCUAAUCGCUUCUCCUGGAACAUCCUCUUCCAGGCGUGCGUCGCCAAUGGCCAGAUCCACGAAGCCAGCGGCAUCUUCGAGAAUAUGCCCGAAAGGGACCUGGUAUCCUGGAACGCAAUGCUCGCCGCAUAUUCCCAGGCCGGGCAUUUGCAUCCCGCCCAGCGUCUCUUCCAGGAGAUGCCCGAGCACAACGUGGUGUCGUGGACGACGCUCAUGGCCGCGUUUGCCAACGGUGGAGAUCUCGCUCGGGCAAGAUCGACGUUCGAGGAAAUGCCAGCACGGAACGUAGUGACGUGGACGACCAUUAUCGUUGCGUACGCCGACUGUUCCGAGCUGGCAGAGGCCCAACGGCUCUUUGAUGCCAUCCCGGAGAGGAACCUCGUGACGUGGACUGCCAUGGUGGCAGCAUAUGCCCAGAACGGCCAAUUGCCGCAAGCCAUGUCAAUGUUCCACUCCAUGCCCGAGCGCAACGCUCUCUCCUGGACGGCGCUCUUGUUAGGGUUCUUAGAAGCCGGGGAGAUUGAUCGCGCUAGAGCUUUGCAUGAUCAGAUGCCCGAGCUUAAUGUGAUCUCGUCCACGGCGAUGCUAGCAGCGUAUGCCGAGAGUGGGCAAUUUGAGCAGGCAAAGAAUCUCUUCGACGCCAUGCCCGAUCGAAAUAUCGUCUCGUGGACUGCAAUGCUCGUCGCGUACUCCAAGAGCCAACAAUCUCUCGAGGCAAUACAGCUCUUCAGCGCCAUGGAUCUGGAAGGAAUCCAGCCUGACGCCGUGAGCUUCAUCACAGUAGUGGAUGCCUGUGCCGAUGGGAGCGAUCUAGCACGAGGAAAGCUCCUACACCAGGAGAUCAUCCACCUCGGGUACCAAUCCGACCAAGUCUUAAGCAACGCGCUUCUCAAUCUCUAUGGCAGAUGCGGGAGAUUGACAGAGGCCAAGAGCCUCUUCGAUCGGUUGCCAGAUCCCAGCACCGAAUCCUGGAACGCGAUGAUUGCCAUCUACACCCGCGGUGGCCAAAACAAUCUCGCCUUGGAUCUCUUCCCGGCGAUGAAUCUCAGGGGAUUCGAGCUGGACGAGAUCAGCUUCGUGAGCGUGCUGUCCGCGUGCGGCCAUGGCGGAUUCAUGCCCGACGCCAUCACCAAAUUCGCUUCCAUCUCCAUGGACUUCGGGUUGGAGAGAAGUGCCAAUCACUACCGGUGCCUGAUCGAUGCAUUAGGGAGGGCAGGGAGGCUGAGAGAUGCGAGGGAUGUGAUUGCGGCUAUGCCUUACCAAGCAGAUUGUAUGGCCUGGACCUCUGUUCUUGGUGCGUGUCACACAAGUAGUGAUCUAGAACAGGGAAGUAGUGCUGCAGAGAGAGCUUUACAAUUAGAACCCUCUUGCCCUAGCUCUUAUGUUCUUCUCUCAAACAUCCACUUCCAAGGGUAA